GCCAUUACCUCUCUGCUUCAUCCUCAGGUUCCUCAUCUGUGAAAUGGGCAUAAAGAAACCUCCUAACUUUACCGCGGAGGGGACCGAGUGCGAAACUAGAGGCAAAGCCCCCAGCACGUGGCACACACUCGUUCAAGGAUUUCUUACGACCUGACACCCUGUAUUUCACUUGAUUGUGGUCUGUCUCUCCCACUGCAUGUGAGCAUGGUGAACGCAGGCCGUCGCUGACUGUUCCUGGCGCCUGCUGUGGGGCUUGGUAGUUUGUCCUCGAAGGACAGCAAGAAAUUCUGUCUUCAAUGGCUUCAUUGGUGGCUUAUGAUGACUCGGAGUCAGAGGCUGAGACUGAGUCCGUGGGAAGUAUUCAUGCUGUCAGCCAGAUGAAAGACACCUCUGAUGUGGUCAAACCUCCUGGGCAGGAUUUUGCAUGUGAAGCCCCAGGUAUGACGGAAGGGGCAGCACUGCCCACAAAGCAUGGUUCUUGUGAAGACCCUGCUGGCCAUUGUCUCCCACUGGUUCGGCUCUGGAGAAGUGACCCAGGAUCUUGUCCCAGCCAGAGGCUACAGUGGCCCCGGACAGAGCCUGAUGUCACCUUCCCCACAGAUAAGCCUCCUCGACCUUCCUUGUGGACCAGCCACACUCCAGCUGGUCAUGUGCCCCUGGCAGCUGCCCGCUUUAGGCAGGUGAAACUCUCCUUGGGAACUUACAACUCCCCUGAACCAUCCUUCUGUGCCCAAACCAAAUCUGAAACCCCAGGUAAAAAUGGCAACUCCCUUCAGAGGAAAAGGUGUGAGGACUGUAUCGUGCCCUACACCCCGAAAAGACUACGACAGUCGCAGGCAUUAAGCACAGAAACUGGCAAGAGUAAAGAUGUGGAGGCCCAGGGUCCACCUGCAGGGCGUGCCCCGGCCCCUCUCUGUGUGGCCCCCAGAGUGUCCGAGUUUAUUCAGCCAUAUUUGGACAGUCAGUAUAAAGAAACCACGAUUCCCAGGAAAGUGCUCUUCCACCUGAGAAGCCACAGGGGCCCUGUCAACAGCAUUCAGUGGUGUCCGGUCUUUGCUAAGAGUCACAUGCUUCUCUCAGUUUCCAUGGAUAAAACCUUCAAGGUGUGGAAUGCCGUGGACUCGGGCCGCUGCUUGCAGACCUACUCCCUGCACAGCGAGGCGGUGCGGGCUGCCCGCUGGUCUCCCUGUGGCCGGCGCAUCCUCAGCGGUGGCUUCGACUUCGCCCUACACCUAACAGACCUUGAAACAGGAACCCAGCUCUUCAGUGGUCAGAGUGACUUCAGGAUCACUACCUUGAAAUUUCAUCCAAAAGACCACAGCCUUUUUGUGUGUGGAGGCUUCCACCCUGAAGUCAAAGCUUGGGAUAUAAGGACCGGCAAGGUGGUGAGAAGCUACAAGGCGACCAUCCAGCAGACCUUGGACAUCCUCUUCCUCCAGGAAGGCUCUGAGUUUCUGAGCAGCACAGAUGCUUCGAGCCGGGACUCUGCUGACCGCACCAUUAUUGCCUGGGAUUUCCGGAGCUCUGCCAAAAUCUCCAACCAGAUUUUCCACGAGAGAUACACCUGCCCCAGUCUCACCUUACACCCCCGGGAGCCUGUGUUCCUGGCGCAGACCAAUGGCAACUACCUGGCUCUCUUUUCCGCUGUGUGGCCCUACCGGAUGAGCAGGAGGCGGCGUUACGAGGGGCACAAGGUGGAGGGCUACUCGGUGGGCUGCGAGUGCUCCCCGGACGGUGACCUGCUGGUGACGGGCAGUGCCGACGGCCGGGUCCUGCUGUACAGCUUCCGCACCGCCAGCCGGGCGCGCACGCUGCCAGGGCAUGCCCAGGCUUGUGUGGGCACCGCCUUCCACCCCGUGCUGCCCUCUGUCCUCGCCACCUGCUCCUGGGAGGGUGACAUUAAGAUCUGGCACUGAGCCUCCUCGUUCAGAGCCUCCAGAUGCCGGCCGGCCCUGGGCUCCCAUUCCUCCUUGGGGUGGGUGGGUGUGAGGAAGCACUGAGGUUGCCUCUGAUCAAAGCUGGGUGGAGGCUGCCUCCACCACACUCUGAGCCUCAGUUUCCACAUCUGUAAAAUGGGGACAGAGAUCUGUUUGCCUCAGGGUGGUGAGGACCGCAUUAGCGGAAGUGCCUGGCAGGUUGUUGGUGGUGCUCAAUAAACAUGAGUGUUUUGCUAUUUCUUAGGUUAUUUUAGCGACACAUAUGUGUUGACAGCUUCCUUGCACCUGCCCCCUCCCAGGCCUUCUGGGGCUCCAAGACAGACCAGUGGGAGCUUGAGAUGGGGCAGCCCCCCUCUGCUGAUCCUGCCGAUGGACCCAACUCCCGGGGCCGUGAGGGGCCUGUGGGGGCUCUGGGUCUGAGAGCUGCCCUCAGGAGCUCCAUGUGGGAGCAUGGCAGUCCCCAGCAGUGUCGUGGGGCCCAGGCUGCCUCCCUUUCCCCACCAAGCAUGGCCCAGGAAGUCCCACUGCCUAUAGGGU